AUGUCGGGUGCCGCAUAUGCCAGCGGCUCGCGGGUCAAGCACCUGGUCAGCAAAAUUGCUGUCGAGUCCGAGACUGGCCUGACCAGCACACAGCUUAUGCUGACGAACCAUGAUCUGAAACCUGUCGAAGCCGCACGCAGGCAAUGGCGGUGGAAGAACUACAUUUUCUUCUGGAUUGCUGACUCGUACAACCUCAACACCUGGAUGAUCUCUUCUUCCAUGAUCGUGAAUGGUUUGAGUUGGUGGCAGAGUUGGCUCUGUGUGUGGGCUGGAUACACCAUUGCCGCUGCCUUUGUGGUAAUCAAUGCAAGGAUUGGGGCCCACUAUGCGAUAUCCCUCCCUGUCGCAGCUCGAUCAUCGUUUGGGAUCUGGGGCAGCCUCUGGCCCGUCUUCAACAGAGCUGCCAUGGCAUGCAUCUGGUACGGCGUACAAAGUUGGAUCGGCGGACGAUGCGUCUAUGUGAUGAUCCACGCCAUCUGGAAGUCCUGGAACCGCGAUAUCCCCAGUCCCGCCUUCACCUCGACGACGACGGCCGACUGGGUGUCCUUCUUCAUCUUCUGGCUCCUCUCGCUGCCGGCGAUUUGGCCUCCUGUCCACAAGAUCCGCCACCUGUUCACUGCCAAAUCCAUCGUCGUGCCACCCGCUGGUCUCGCGUUCCUCAUCUGGGCGAUUGUCAAAGCCGGGGGCAUCGGCCCCGUGGUCAGACGCAGCAACUCAAUAUACGGCAGCGAUCUGGCAUGGGAGGUAAUCCUCGGCAUCAUGAGCUCCGUCGCUAACUUCGCGGCCUUGAUUGUCAACGCGCCUGAUUUCGCCCGUUUCGCAAGGACCCCCAAGGAUGCCAAGUGGAGUCAGCUCUUCUCCAUCCCCGUAUCCUUUGCCAUCACCUCGCUCAUCGGCAUCCUCGUCUCGUCCGCCGCCGAGGUCAUCUACAACGAGAUCAUCUGGGACCCUCUGGAAAUUCUGGAGAAGUUCAUCGAAGACGGCGGCUCAGGCGAGCGCUUUGGUGUCUUCGUCAUCGCGCUGGCCUUUGCGCUGGCGCAGCUGGGCACCAACAUUGCCGCCAACUCGGUCUCGGCUGGCACUGAUAUGACAGCCCUCUUGCCUCGAUUCAUCAAUAUCCGCCGCGGAGGCUACAUCUGCGCGGCCGUUGGUCUCAUCAUGAUGCCAUGGCAUCUGCUGGAAACCAGCAAUCAGUUCACGACCUACCUGAGCGCUUACUCUGUCUUCCUCUCAUCUGUCGCCGGUGUUCUCGUCUCGGACUACUAUGUUGUCCGCAAGGGGUACAUCGAGAUCAAGGAGCUGUACGAUGGCCGCAAGCUGGGCCCGUAUUACUUCACCUAUGGCAUCAACCCACGCGCCUACGCCGCGUACAUUGCUGGCAUCCUCAUCAACGUUGUCGGGUUUGCCGGCGCCGUUGGCAACGACGUCCCUCCUGUCGCGAGGUAUAUUUACAACGUCAAUUUUUUCGGCGGCUUCAUCGUCUCGUUCGUGGUGUACUGGGCUCUAUGCAAGGUCUUCCCUGUCCCGGCCACGAGCAAGACGUGGAUGGAGGUCUCGCAGGCUGAACUAGAGGACGUGAGGGUUGCGUACAAUUCGUCGGAUGACCACUUGGACCCGGAGAGGGCCGAUGUGUCAUCCAAUCCAGAUGGAAAGCCUGUGUUCUGA